ACAGUUGAACAAACAAUGGCUCCAUUUAGACCUUGUGUUGUGUUCAACACUGUUGCAGAAGACACAAGAAGUCACAAAAUGUAUCACGUUCUUAACCGCGCUUUCUGCACCGCCACAGAGCCCGCCACCACCAUCGCCGCUUCCAUCAGGUCCAUUUCGGAGGAUCUGUACAAGGAAGUGAAGCUGAAGAACGUGGUGGAGAAGUUCAAGAAAGCCUCCGACAACGACCGCUUCCGCAAAAAAACCGGCAUCUACGAGGACACCGUUCGGCGCCUCGCCGGCGCCCGGCGCUUCCGGUGGGUCCGCGACAUCCUCGAGCACCAGAAGCAGUACUCCGACAUCUCCAACGAGGGCUUCUCCGCGCGCCUCAUUUCCCUCUACGGUAAAUCCGGCAUGACCAAGCACGCGCGCAAGGUGUUCGACGAAAUGCCGCAGCGAAACUGCAGCCGCACCGUGCUCUCCCUCAACGCCCUCUUGGCCGCGUACCUCCACUCCCACAAAUACGACGUCGUCCAAGAGCUUUUCAGGGACCUCCCAACGCAGCUCUCGAUCAAGCCCGAUUUGGUGACUUACAACACCAUCAUCAAGGCGUUUUGUGAAAAGGGUUCGUUUGAUUCGGCGUUGUCGGUGCUUCGGGAGAUUGAGGAGAAGGGUUUGAGUCCUGAUUCCAUCACUUUCAACACUUUGCUUGAUGGGUUGUACUCAAAAGGUCGUUUUGAGGAGGGUGAGAAGGUGUGGGAGCAAAUGAGUGUGAAUAAUGUUGCUCCUGGUGUGAGGAGUUACUGCUCCAAGUUGGUGGGGUUGGCUGAGGUGAAGAAAGCAGGUGAAGCUGUUGAGCUAUUUAGGGAAAUGGAGAAGGUGGGUGUGAAGCCUGACCUCUUCUGCAUCAAUGCCGUGAUCAAAGGUUUUGUGAAUGAGGGUAAUUUGGAUGAGGCUAAGAAGUGGUUUGGAGAGAUUGCAAAGUCUGAGUAUGACCCUGAUAAGAACACCUACUCUAUCAUUGUUCCCUUCCUCUGUGAGAAGGGUGAUUUCAAGACUGCCAUUGAGAUGUGCAAGGAGAUUUUCAACAACCGGUGCCGUGUUGAUGCGACGUUGCUGCAGGGCGUCGUGGAUAAGCUGGCGAGCGAGGGCAUGAUUACAGAGGCUAAGGAGAUUGUGGAGAUAGGGAAAACCAAUAGGUACUGUCGCUAUAGGUUAGAUUUGCCAGCAAAAGAGUAGAGUUAUUUAGUCGCACUUUCUUAUUGUUCUUGCGGUUUAAAUGGUUUUCAUAAUGGUGAUUGGGAAAUUGUCAAGAAUGGAUUUUGUUUGGCAUUGUGAGCUUAGUAAAACUGGUUGCUUCAUAAUGGCUUAUGCAGUCUGAUUGCACUAGCUCUUUUUGCUGGUUAGAUAUUAGCCCUUAAACUUUACCCCUGCAUCAAAUUUCUUGUUAUGUGAAUUUGCAUUUAGCAGUUUUAAUAUGGAAUGCAUACCUGCAUGCACAUAUGAACUUAUAUGUGGAUGUUUUGGAGUUUGGUCUCCCUACUGUUAUCUUGGGCAUCAUCAUUGAAUGCUAUAUAGAAAUAUAGAUUCGGUUUUAAGGCAAGGGCAUUGAAGAAAGAUUGUCAAAAACGAUAGCCGAUGAGGCUUGGCAACAUUCUCUGUAGACUCAAGUUUACUUAGUCUGUCACUGUAUUAAUCUUCUGAAAA